CUACAAUGACAUAGCAAGAAAUCUUUUGAGCGGGUAUUUUCUGGCAUAUUUUAUUUGGAUGUUCCUGCUGAUUUGAAUUGUUAUGGAGAAUGGUUCAAUUUAUCACGAGAAACAAAACCUUAUGUUGUGCGCCGUCCAUGCGCUGAACAACCUUUUCCAAGACCCCAAUGCGUUUAGCAAAAGAAGUCUUGAUGAUAUUUGCUAUUUACUUGACCCAAACUCCACUAUCAAUGCCCACAAGAAUCCUUUGGGCCUCGGGAACUAUGACGUCAAUGUUGUCAUGGCAGCUGUCAAUCAAAAGGGUUGCGAAGCUGUCUGGUUUGAUAGAAGGAUGAAUCCUGAUUGUCUUGAUUUAGACAACAUCUUCGGCUUCAUAAUCAACACACCAUCUGGUAUGAAUAUAGCUGGGAUUGGCCUUCCUAUCAAACGGCCCCAUUGGUAUGGAGUAAGAAAGAUUGGAACAUGUUACUAUAACCUGGAUUCUAAACUUCCCUGCCCCAAGGAUCUUGGAGAUAAUAAUCAGAUGAUCCAUUUCUUGAAUGUCCUGUUGGCAACAGAGGAAAAGGCUCAGGUCCUGAUUGUUGUAGAGAAAAAAAUCUUUGAGAGCAGAAAUUGGAAAAAAAGUCAGGGAGAAUAGUUAUUUUGAGUAUGCAAAUUUUAAAUAUACAAAUAUGUAGCCUAAAGAUCAGAGAGAUUUCAUUAUUUUUUACCAUCCUUGUUAAAGAAUGCUUAUUUGCUUUGCCUUAAUUUGUUAUUGUCUACAAUUGAUAAUACAACAGUAUGUCUGUUAGGCAACGUCCGGAAAAUUA